AAAGGCCAAAGAGAGCUGGAGGAUGGACGCCGAAGAAAAAGCUGGAGAAGGCUAAACUCUGCAAAGGAAAAGAAAUCAAUCAUUUUAAAACUGCCAAAUACGCUCUGGCUAACAAACAGUAGGCCUACUUCCAAGAUUGUCACCCUCCUCGAGUUUGAAAAAACUCUUAAAGACGAGAAAGCUAAGGAGCAAGAACAGCUCAUGCUGGCAGCAUGCCUCAAUCAGGCCAUGUGCUGUUUAAAGUUAAAUUAUUUCUGUGCAACUCGUGAUCAUUGCCACAAGGCGCUUGAGAUGGACCGCCCGAAAAAUGAAAAGGGAUUAUUCCGCAUCAUAGGCCAAGCACUUUUGGGCAUUCACGUGCCGGAUGAAGCCAAGAAACACUUCGAGGCGAUUCUCCAAUUUGAUUCGAACAACAAGGCGGCCGCCAAUCAAGUGGUGAUCUGCAACGCCAAGAUUCGCGAGCAACGCGAAAAGGACAAGAAAUUGUACUCUAGCAUUUUCAACAAGAUGGCCGAAAACGAUCGACAGAAAGCCUUGCGGAACAAGGCGAUGGAAAUAACGGAACCGACGCAGUGGGACAAUGAAGACUCGGAGAACACGACCGCCGUUGAAUUGCAAGAUCCUUUGGACUCUGUGCCAUGUAUAGAGUCGGAUGAAAACUAAUCUUGAUUAUCGUCAUUGUGAUUCUCGACCCAUUUAAAAAAAAAAUUAAUUACCGAGAAUUGAUUGUGUUUUUCUUUCAUACCUGUUCUCUCCGUGUUAUAUAACACAAUAACUUCUAAACCAAAACAGUACUAAGGACAUAUUCAAUUGAUUGUGUAAUUAUCGACUGCCCCCAAUCGUAAAACAUCUCAUCUUUAUCACAUAGAAAUGGUGGAUUUGACGGUUAAAUUUAAUAAAUAAAAAUGGAGAUUCCAUCUUAGUUGACGAAACCAAAUCCUCCCUAUGAGUGAUAAAUAAAAUGCUGCCUCGGUUUAAGCUGUUCUACCCAUCUUCUUUGAGACCUCUGAUAUGCAGAUGAUACCACGCCAUAUAGGAGACAUGAAAAUUGAAGUUAACAUAGCUAUCAGUAGAAAAUGACGAUAGAAAAAUAACUUAUUUAAUAUAAUCCCCUGUUUGAUUUUACAUAUUUUUCCUUUCUAGAUAGUUCCCAUACUUCCCAAUGGCUUAUUAAUGAUUUAAGUUGUGGGUAUUUAUGUCAGCGUCAUCUGUCAACUUCUAAAUACAUAAUAAUCAAACGCA